CCGGCGGGAGGAGGAGCGGGGAAAACACGGGGGUCUCCUCCUCCUCCUCCUCCUUGGCUUCCGCGUGCGGCGGCGGCGGCGGGCGCAGCAUCCUCGAGAGCGAGAGGCCGGGAACAAAGGCUCCGCGCCAGCCCCGGCGGCUCCACCUGCCCUGCCCAGCGGAGAUGGCGUCCCUCGGCUUAGGGGGGCUCAACGUCUCCGCCCGCAGGAAGAGCGUCCCGUCCCGCAAUGCCGCGGUGGAGAGGCGGAACUUGAUCACUGUGUGCAGGUUUUCAGUCAAGACUCUGAUUGACCGUUCCUGUUUUGAGACUAUUGAUGAUACUUCCCCCGAAUUUAAUAAUUUUGCAGCCAUUCUGGAACAGAUUCUCAGUCAUCGACUGAAAGGUCAGAUCACCUGGUUCGGCUAUGAAAGUCCUCGGAGUUUCUGGGACUACAUUCGCGUAGCUUGCCGAAAAGUCUCGCACAAUUGCAUCUGCAGCAUCGAGAACAUGGAGAAUGUCGGUUCUUCUAGAGCUAAGGGUCGAGCCUGGAUCAGAGUAGCACUUAUGGAAAAACAUUUGUCUGAAUACAUUUCCACAGCUCUUAGAGACUUCAAAACAACCAGGAGAUUUUAUGAGGAUGGAGCAAUUGUUCUCGGUGAAGAAGCAAAUAUGCUUGCUGGUAUGCUUUUGGGACUCAAUGCAAUUGAUUUCAGUUUUUGUCUGAAGGGUGAGGGACUGGAUGGCAGCUAUCCUGCUGUCAUAGAUUAUACACCAUACUUGAAGUUCACCCAAAGUUCUGACAGCAUCAGCAGUGAUGAAGAAGAGCUAAGAACGCUGGGCAGUAGUGGCAGUGAAGGCAGUACUCCAGAGAACAUCGGCCCUCCUUUCAUCACAGAUGAAAACAGUUGGUACAACAAAUGCAAAAGGGUAGAACAGAAGUACCGGCUUGCAUUGGAACAGAAGGGUUAUCUUGAAGAAUUGGUACGACUCAGAGAAAACCAACUAUCUGAAUCUGUCUCACAGAAUAAACUACUAUUACAAAGAAUUGAAGAUAUGGAUCUAGCUCAUAAACUGGAGAAGGAGCAGCUGGAAUAUAUCAUUGUGGAGCUGCAAGACCAGUUAACUGUGCUAAAGAAUAAUGACUUGAGAUCAAGACAAGAAUUAACUACUCACCUCACCAAUCAGUGGCCUUCCCCAGGAGCUCUGGAUGUCAAUGCUGUUGCCUUGGACACUCUACUUUAUAGAAAGCACAAUCAACAAUGGGAUGAGAAAAGUUUUCAAAGUCUGGAUCAGCUUUCAGCAGAAGUUAGUCUUUCUCAAUCUUCUCUGGAUCCAGGUCACUCACAGGAUGGGAAGCAGGAUGGAAUGAACAUGUUAAAUGAAGGGAAGGAAGACACUCCAUCCUUGCUUGGUCUUUGUGGUUCCCUUACAUCAGUAGCAAGCUACAAGUCUCUCACAAGUCUGAAAUCAAGUGAAUACCUUGCAAGUCCCACAACAGAGAUGACAAGUCCAGGCUUAACACCAUCUUGAGAUACACAUAAGAAGGAAGAGCUUUGUGCUGUACGCAUUUGGUUUAUGUUCCAUAAAAUGACUUGCAAUGAAGACUGCUAGUUCUGAGUUAAAAAAUAUGCUGCUUUAUUUUUUCUUUUCCUGGUUACCUCUGUAAUUUACAAACUUUGUCCAUUUUGAUUCACCUUUUUUUUCUCCUGGAGGACUUUUCGGAUUUUCUAUUUUAAUCUGGAUUUAUUUAAAGCUCUUGGUCAGGUACAGAAUGUAAAAUCCGAUGCUUAUGAAUGAUUUUUAAAAUGAAAGUCGGAAAUCAGUCCCCUACUAAAUUGUCAUCAGCUUUGUUUCUCCUUGCACUGGCCUGGCCCUGCUUUAGCCACUGUACUUUUCUGCAGUGCUUUAAAUAUGUAUCAACUCUUGCAGAAUAGACAGGGAAUCAUUAAUGCCAGUCUUUAUAGGCAAAUAAAUACUUUACCUAAAAUUCCAGCUUUUUCAUCUGUGUAUAUUGUGUAGGACCUCAAAUAGCAUAUUUAAGCUAUCAACAGCUUUUCUCAAAUUGACUCAGUGUUAGGUUUUGCAUUCCUGUUAGUAUCAUGGCACUUAGAUGUCCAAAUCUCACUGAAGAAUCACACUGAAACACUCUUGAAAAAACUCUUGAGGUUGCAUGUGAAUAACAGAUGUAACUUGAUCAUAUAAAUCAAGCAUACUUACAAUUUUCAAAUGGUGAGGAAACUCACUAAAUGCUUUUGAUUUACCUGAGUUACAGAUAAUCUAACGUUAUAUGAGAAAUUUCUUGCUGGAAAGAUGGAGACCAAGGAUGGUGGGGUUAGCACCUUGGGAAGUUUGGAUUCUGUGUUUAUUGGCAAGAUCCCAAGGAGAGUGAAAAAGAGGAAACAAAGACAAUGUAAUGACUGUAUUUCCAUGUUAAAGACUUUUCUCAACCCUGUAGUAGUACAAUAGGUAUUUUUCUUGGAAAGAUAAUACAGUAGAACUUCUCAAGUCAGUUUUCUGAAAUUACUUGCCAUUGAUUUAAAUUACUGAUAG